AUGAUAUGCCUUCUUUUUCAUUUUCUUCUUCAACCCUAUAUCUCUUUCAUCAUAUCCCUUCUUUUUCAUUUUCUUAUUCAACCCUAUAUCUCUUUCAUCAUAUCCCUUCUUUUUUCAUUUUCUUAUUCAACCCUAUAUCUCUUUCAUGAUAUGCCUUCUUUUCAUUUUCUUCUUCAACCCUAUAUCUCUUUCAUCAUAUCCCUUCUUUUUCAUUUUCUUCUUCAACCCUAUACUCUUUCAUCAUAUCCUUUUUUUCAUUUUCUUCUUCAACCCUAUAUCUCUUUCAUCAUAUCCCUUCUUUUUCAUUUUCUUAUUCAACCCUAUAUCUCUUUCAUGAUAUGCCUUCUUUUCAUUUUCUUAUUCAACCCUAUAUCUCUUUCAUCAUAUCCCUUCUUUUCAUUUUCUUCUUCAACCCUAUAUCUCUUUCAUCAUAUCCCUUCUUUUUUUCAUUUUCUUAUUCAACCCUAUAUCUCUUUCAUGAUAUGCCUUCUUUUUUCAUUUUCUUAUUCAACCCUAUAUCUCUUUCAUCAUAUCCCUUCUUUUUCAUUUUCUUAUUCAACCCUAUAUCUCUUUCAUCAUAUCCUUCUUUUUUCAUUUUUCUUCUUCAACCCUAUAUCUCUUUCAUCAUAUCCCUUCUUUUUUUUUUCUUAUUCAACCCUAUAUCUCUUUCAUGAUAUGCCUUCUUUUUCAUUUUCUUCUUCAACCCUAUAUCUCUUUCAUCAUAUCCCUUCUUUUUCAUUUUCUUAUUCAACCCUAUAUCUCUUUCAUCAUAUCCCUUUUUUUCAUUUUUUCUUAUUCAACCCUAUAUCUCUUUCAUGA